ACGCGCGGGCGGAGGGGCGGUCGGGUCCGGGGAAGGCCCGGGGUCCGGUCGUUGCUUCCCGCGACCUCGGAGCCGUCCGAUGGGGGACGAGCGCCUUCCGGGCCGUGGGGCUCUGCGGUUGUGGGCGCAUCUGCGGAGCCCCAUGUCCGCGGGCCAUGUCCCAGCCGCGACCCCCUACUGAAAUCCCCGGGCCCUGGCCGCGACCUCAGCCCCAUACCCGGGCCGUAUUAUGCCUGAAGGGCCCUUAGGUUUUCUGAACUGAAAAAUGGGGCCAGUGAGCCCCUAUCUCACUGGGUUCUGGUGAAGAUUUUGAUGCUUGUAAAACGGUUUGGCAUGAGAAAUAAUCGAAUGUACCAACAUUGAACUCCGCAUCUGGCGCUGGACUAAGUACUUCAACUCACUGAGUUUUGACAGCAACCUUAUCAGGAGGAGGGUGGUCACCCACCGCCAGCGCAAGGAACCUUCCAUCUGUCAUGUGUCACCUGCACUAAUUCUUAGGAAACGUCAAUCAACUACAAACACCGCUCUCUGGAGGAUCGUUGAAGCCGCUGCUGCCACACAGCCCACGGCAUCUUCGCCAGGAAGACUUGGCCCCUCCACCAGGCUCCCUGGGAGGGCAGCGCUGGGCAGGGGGUUGACCCUGCACAAUUUGUGUCUCGGCGUCUUUUCAGAUCAGCCGUGCUGAGGGUGAGGACCGGUAGGCAGUUGCCAAGAUGGGUGAAAGGAAAGGCGUAAACAAGUAUUACCCUCCGGAUUUCAAUCCUGAAAAGCAUGGCUCCCUCAACCGGUACCACAACAGCCACCCGCUCCGGGAGCGGGCUCGGAAGCUGUCACAAGGCAUCCUCAUCAUCAGGUUUGAGAUGCCCUAUAACAUCUGGUGUGACGGCUGCAAGAACCACAUCGGCAUGGGGGUUCGCUACAAUGCCGAAAAGAAGAAGGUUGGCAAUUACUACACAACCCCGAUCUACAGGUUCCGGAUGAAAUGCCACCUCUGCGUCAACUACAUCGAGAUGCAGACAGACCCCGCCAACUGCGACUACGUGAUUGUGAGCGGCGCCCAGCGCAAGGAGGAGCGCUGGGACAUGGCGGACAACGAGCAGGUGCUGACGACAGAGCACGAGAAGAAGCAGAAGCUGGAGACGGACGCCAUGUUCCGCCUGGAGCACGGCGAGGCAGACCGGAGCACACUCAAGAAAGCCCUCCCCACCCUGAGCCACAUCCAGGAGGCCCAGAGCGCCUGGAAGGAUGACUUCGCACUCAACAGCAUGCUCCGGAAGAGAUUCCGGGAAAAGAAAAAAGCCAUGCAGGAGGAGGAAGAGAGGGACCAGGCGCUGCAGGCUAAGGCGAGCCUGGCCAUUCCACUGGUGCCCGAGACAGAGGACGACCGCAGGCUGGCCGCCCUGCUUAAGUUCCACACCCUGGACUCCUACGAGGACAAGCAGAAACUCAAACGGACAGAGAUCAUCAGCCGCUCCUGGUUCCCCUCCGCCCCAGGACCCACCACUAGCAGCAGCAAAGCCGGCAGUGUCCUGAAGAAGCUGGCCCAGAACCGCAGAUCAGCACCGGCCUGCUCCCCCAUCACUGUAGGGAACCUGGGCAUCGUGCGGCGGCGGUCCCGGGAGGUCUCAGAGAGCCCCCACCACACAACGGAGACCCCUAAGUCUGGGGAGCCAUGGGUGCCAGAGAGGAACACCCAGGAUGGGCCCACAUCCCCCCGAGACUGCUCUCUAGAGACGGCUGAGACCUCCAAGAGCAGGGGGCCUCGGGAGCAGGAGGGGAAAUGUCAGGACAGGCCCCAGUCCCCACCAGGCUCCUCUCAGGAGGACACGCCACACCUGUGCACCCUCAGCUCCUCUCUUGUGGCUGAUUACUCCGAUUCAGAGAGUGAGUGAGCGGUUCUGGGGACCAGACCCGCUCCAGAGGCUACGACUCGCCCAGGAGGCCCGUGGGACUGCAGCCCUGCUUGUCCACCAGCCCCCGGAUCGCUCCGAUACUGCCCCUUCCCAGACCUCGCUUUCCUGCAGCGGUGGAGUUAAUUUAUUUGGUCCUGGAGAGGGUGUUUGUGCCUUGUGGGACGUCAUCCCAACAUUAAAGACCUGCUUCUUUGUC